AUGGCGAUGUCUCGCGCCGCGGCAGCGGUCGGGCGGCGCCGGUGCGGGCCGCGCCUGCCCGCGGCGAGGUCCAUGGCGUCGUGGUUCGGCCACGUGGAGCCGGCCGCCAAGGACCCCAUCCUCGGCGUCACCGAGGCCUUCCUCGCCGACCCCUCGCCGGACAAAGUGAACGUCGGCGUCGGUGCGUACCGGGACGACGACGGGAAGCCCGUGGUGCUCGAGUGCGUGCGCGAGGCGGAGCGGCGCAUCGCCGGGAGCACCAACAUGGAGUACCUUCCAAUGGGAGGAAGCGUGAAGAUGAUCGAGGAGUCGCUGAAGCUGGCAUACGGGGAGGAUUCUGAGUUCAUCAAGGACAAGAGGAUUGCGGCAGUGCAGGCUCUUUCAGGGACUGGUGCAUGUCGCCUCUUUGCAGAUUUCCAGAAACGCUUCUUGCCGGAUUCACAGAUCUACAUACCUACGCCUACAUGGUCAAACCAUCACAACAUUUGGAGGGAUGCCCAGGUACCACAAAGAACAUUUGCCUACUACCACCCGGAAUCAAGAGGACUGGACUUUGCAGGCCUAAUGGAUGAUAUCAAGAACGCUCCAGAGGGUUCCUUCUUUUUGCUUCAUGCAUGUGCUCACAAUCCCACUGGGGUCGAUCCUUCUGAGGAACAGUGGAGAGAGAUAUCUCAACAAUUCAAGGUGAAGAACCAUUUCCCAUUUUUCGACAUGGCAUACCAAGGAUUUGCCAGUGGUGACCCAGAGAGAGAUGCCAAGGCAAUUCGGAUCUUUCUCGAAGAUGGACAUCAAAUUGGAUGUGCACAGUCAUAUGCAAAAAACAUGGGACUUUAUGGCCAAAGAGCAGGAUGCCUUAGUAUUCUCUGCGACGAUGAAAUACAAGCAGUUGAUGUGAAGAGCCAGUUACAACAGAUUGCCAGACCUAUGUACAGCAACCCACCCCUUCACGGCGCACUAAUUGUUUCCACUAUCCUUGGUGAUCCAGCACUGAAAAGCUUAUGGCUGAAAGAGGUCAAGGGUAUGGCUGAUCGCAUUAUUGGAAUGCGAAAAGCACUUAAGGAGAGCCUUGAAAAGUUGGGUUCACCAUUAUCAUGGGAACAUAUUACUAAUCAGAUUGGCAUGUUUUGCUACAGCGGGAUGACACCUGAACAAGUUGAUCGCUUAACAAAUGAAUUUCACAUAUACAUGACUCGUAAUGGCAGGAUAAGCAUGGCUGGUGUAACAACAGGAAAUGUCGCAUAUUUGGCUAACGCUAUUCAUGAGGUCACUAAGCCAAUUUAA